ACGACGCUGAGAGCCGAGCGCAGCCGAGGAGGAGCCGAGUCCCUGUCGGUCACUUGUGCUGCCGCUGCUCCGCUGUUUGUUUCGAAGCACCUCCGGACAUGAUUACGGAAUGAAGCCUGCGGCUCUGCAGUGACGGUGACGGUAGCGUGAGGUAAAACCAGGCCACAGGAGAGAGAGACAGAGAGAGAAGACGAGGAGGCUGUCGGUGCUGGACUCCCCCGAUCCACCAGCACUAGGAUCCGUGAGGCUGGACCGGAGACGAAACCCGGGCCGCCGACAAAACCGCCUGACCUGUAAUGACCUCCUCCAGCGACGUCGACACGCGAGGCGAAGGGUCUUUGUUUUCUGACCACCACCCAUCAGAGAUGGACGCUCUGUGUCCCUCUCCCCCGGGACCGUCCAGACCCCAGCGUACUUACGAGCGGUUUGGAGGACAGACGGGAACUUCUUUUUGUCAGACUCUGAUUCACCUCCUGAAGGGAAACAUCGGCACGGGGCUGCUGGGUCUGCCUCUGGCCGUCAAAAAUGCCGGUCUGGUGCUGGGGCCCAUCAGUCUGCUGUGUAUGGGUGUGAUUGCAGUUCACUGUAUGAGGCUGCUGGUCUUAUGUUCCCACCACCUCAGUGCAAAGGCGAACGUGCCGUCUCUGACCUAUGGCGAGGCGGUGCAGCACGGGAUGGAAAACGUUCCGUGGCUGAGGAGACACUCGCAGUGGGGAAAACGCACGGUCAACUUGUUUCUCAUCAUCACUCAGCUCGGCUUCUGCUGCGUCUACUUCGUCUUCCUCAGUGACAAUGUCAAGCAGGUGGUCGAGGCGGCCAACGCCACCACGUUCAACUGCCACGUGAACUACACCAACCAGACGCAGGUCCUGGUGCCGAGCUUCGACUCCCGCCUCUACAUGCUGUGCUUCCUGCCAGCCGUCGUCCUGCUGGUCUUCACCCCCAACCUGAAGUACCUGGCUCCCCUGUCCCUGGUGGCCAACCUGGUCAUGACCAUCAGCCUGGUCCUCAUCUACUUCUACUCCCUCAUGAACAUCACGUAUCCCAUCGACCUUCCUAAAGUGGGCAGGGCUAAGGACUACCCUCUCUUCUUCGGGACGGCCAUCUUUGCCUUUGAAGGGAUCGGAGUGAUUCUUCCCCUGGAGAACAAGAUGCAGCGGCCUCAGAGUUUCCCUCUGGUUCUGUACAUGGGGAUGGGCAUCGUCACCUUCCUCUACAUCAGCCUCGGCACCAUUGGAUACAUGUGCUUUGGAGAUAACAUCGGAGGCAGCAUCACGCUCAACCUGCCAAACUGCUGGACUUAUCAGGCGGUGAAGCUUCUGUACUCCUUCGGCAUCCUCAUCUCCUUUGCCCUGCAGUUCUACGUUCCUGCUGAGAUCCUCAUACCUCCGGUCCUGGCCCGCGUCUCAGAGAGAUGGGAGAUGGCCGUCAACCUCCUGCUCCGCACCGUCCUGGUCAUCUUCACGUGUGGCCUCGCCAUCCUGAUACCGGAGCUAGACCUCGUCAUCUCGUUGGUGGGCUCGGUCAGCAGCAGUUUCCUGGCGCUGAUCUUCCCGCCGCUCCUCGAGCUCGUCGCCUUCCACGCAGAGGGCCUGUCGCCGCUGGUGACCAUCAAGAACGUGGUCAUCAGCGUGGUGGGGCUGGUCGGCUUCCUCACGGGGACGUACAUCGCCAUCGUGGAGAUCAUCGCCCGCAACACGCUCAAACACGGGGACGCGUCCUCGUCGUACCUGGUGCAGUGAUGGCGACGCAGAGACUCUUUGGCAGGUGGGACUGACUCACCCGGGGACACUUACGAACAAUUCUAGGACACAUUUUAAUGUUUUAGUCUCUGACUCGCUGCUGUUGGAUACGGUUGGCAGCCAUUUUAGGAUUUAUCUGUCAAACGUCUCGGCAGUAUGAAGGCGUGAAAGGUUGCUUGUCGUCGUUAUUUCAUCGCUCUACUGUACUCGCAUUUCAUCAAGUCCAAGAGAUUUGUGCAAUCGUUAAACGUGUUAGCGUGGCUAUGAUGAAAAAGCUAAAUGAUUCCUUUACGAAGGAGAUUCCCUCGAAAGAAAUUGAAGGGUACUUUGUCAUUUUAACGUUCACGUAUUUAAUAUCGCAGUUGGAAAAGUCGAACUACCUCACUCACCGGUGUCGAUUUGGAGAAAAAAAAAACAUUUAACCUUCAGACCAAAUCAUGUAGAAAAAAAGCAAAGUUAGUUUGUUUUUCAUCCGAAUUCAUAGUAAAAAAAAAAGAAAGUCUAUUCUUAAUGACAUUUGAGGAAAACUAACAUGUCAAUCAUGUUUGCUUUUAAAAGUGUUUUUUUCUAUAGCACACAAACCAAGAAAACACAAAAAUACAUUUCAGAUUCAGUUACUGUCUUUAUGUGGGACCUUUUCUUCCUCUACUAACACAGUGUUGUCAUCGUCUUUAAAACUUUUAUUUUAUUAUAAAAAAAACACUUGUUAUUUUUAUGUGUUUUUAUGUUUUCAAAUAUUUACUAAAUCAGCAAUUUCUGUAUAUUUAAUAGGUUUUUUUUGUUGUUUUUUUUAAUUCCAACAGCAUGCAAUAUUUUAGGACUUAACACUGAUUGACAGUUUAACCAGAGAGACUCUGCAUGUACUAUAGUGUAAGAUUAUAUGUAUAAUGAAGGACGAGCUACGUCUGCGUCACAAACAGGUGAUGAAUACGCCAUAAAUCGUCCGUGCCGUUGUUUGUCGUCAGUGUUUAUGUGACAAAAUGUUUACCCGCUGCAAUCGGUUUAAAAGAAAUCUCGUGUGAAGGAGGUUGUUUUUCCGUGAAAAUGCACAUUUGUUUCACGCGCACAAAAACGUAAUGUUUGUGUAGCUAUCCAAAGAAAACCAACUUCCAUUAUUAAAUUGAUUUUUUUUCUUGAAUUAAGUUGUGAAAUUGAUAAAAAUCACAAAGGCUGACAGUUAAAAAAAGAAAAGUCAGAUUUAAAUGACUUCAAGUGUUGCUCAAUUGUGACUUAAAACAGAUAAUAAUCUCUUUCAUUCCCUGCUCAGAUUAUAUAACAUUAAACAUGGCCACAUGUAUUUUAAUGCCAAAACAAUG